CCCUGACCAGAGACCAUGGAACCCGGAGCUGGGCCAGAGUCAUCUCUGACUGUCAAUGAACAGGUCAUCGUCAUGUCAGGCCACGAGACCAUCCGAGUGCUGGAAGUCGGCGUGGAUGCACAGAUGCCCACUGAUGAGGAGACCCGAGGCCUGGAGGGCACAGCGGCCCCGCCUGCCCAGAGUGGGGGCCCCUCUGGAGCUGGGACAGCUGCCGGGGAAGCUGGGCCUGACAGCACAGACUCCUCCGCAGAGGCAACUGUGAAGUCUCUCCCAGGGAUCCCUCCCGGCCCGGCCCCUGCGGUUGCCACCUUCAGCCAAGCCCCAAGCCAGCCUCAAGCGCCGCAGACCCUGACGCCAUUGGCUGUCCAAGCUGCCCCCCAGGUCUUGACUCAGGAAAACUUAGCCACAGUUCUGACAGGAGUUAUGGUUCCAGCAGGGGCAGUUACUCAACCUCUUCUUAUCCCCAUCAGUAUUGCAGGUCAAGUGGCUGGCCAGCAGGGGCUGGCCGUGUGGACAAUUCCUACAGCAACCGUGGCCGCCCUCCCGGGACUGACCGCAGCUUCUCCCCCGGGGGGAAUUUUCAAGCCACCCUUAGCCGGUCUCCAAGCAGCUGCUGUGCUGAACGCCGCCCUGCCGGCCUCCGGGCCUGCCACCCCAGCACUGCAGGCCUCCUCGCCCGCCCCGGCCCGGGCAGCAGCCCAGCCCCAGACGCUGUUCCAGACCCAGCCGCUGCUGCAGACGGCGCCUGCCAUUCUCCCACAGCCCACCGCUGCCGCCGCCGCGACCGCCCCCACCCCCAAGCCAGUGGACGCCCCCCCACAGAUCACCGUCCAGCCUGCAGGCUUCGCGUUUAGCCCGGGAAUUAUCAGUGCUGCUUCCCUCGGGGGCCAGACCCAGAUCCUGGGCUCCCUCACCACCACUCCGGUCAUUGCCAAUGCCAUCCCCAGCAUGCCCGGGAUCAGCAGCCAGAUCCUCACCAACGCUCAGGGACAGGUCAUUGGAACCCUGCCCUGGGUCGUGAACUCAGCCAGUGUGGCGGCCCCCGCACCAGCCCCGAGCCUGCAGGUCCAGGCUGUGACCCCUCAGCUGUUGCUGAAUGCCCAGGGCCAGGUGAUUGCCACCCUGGCCAGCAGUCCCCUGCCUCCACCUGUGGCUGUCCGGAAACCAAGCACACCUGAGUCCCCUGCCAAGAGUGAGGUGCAGCCCAUCCAGCCCACACCAGCCGUUCCCCAGCCUGCUGUGGUCAUUGCCAGCCCAGCCCCAGCACCCAAGCCAUCUGCCUCUACUCCCAUCCCAAUCACCUGCUCAGAGACCCCUACAGUCAGCCAGUUGGUGUCCAAGCCACAUACCCCAAGUCUGGAUGAGGAUGGGAUCAAUUUAGAAGAGAUCCGGGAGUUUGCCAAAAACUUUAAGAUCCGGAGACUCUCCCUGGGCCUCACACAGACCCAGGUGGGCCAGGCUCUGACAGCCACGGAAGGCCCAGCUUACAGCCAGUCGGCCAUCUGCAGGUUCGAGAAGCUGGACAUCACGCCCAAGAGUGCUCAGAAACUGAAGCCCGUGCUGGAGAAGUGGCUCAACGAAGCAGAACUCCGGAACCAGGAAGGGCAGCAGAACCUGAUGGAGUUUGUGGGUGGGGAGCCCUCCAAAAAACGCAAGCGCCGCACCUCCUUCACCCCGCAGGCCAUCGAGGCGCUCAACGCCUACUUUGAGAAGAACCCGCUGCCCACUGGCCAGGAGAUCACCGAGAUCGCGAAGGAGCUCAACUAUGACCGGGAGGUGGUGCGGGUCUGGUUCUGCAACCGGCGCCAGACGCUCAAGAACACCAGCAAGCUGAACGUCUUCCAGAUCCCUUAGGGCGCCCCCAGCCUCGGAUUCCAGCACUUUCUCCUUUCCCCUGGGUACAGACAGGUGACAGCGCUUGUCCCGGGUCCUAGGGCUCCACUGUGUGCAUGUGCUGUCAGCUGCUCCCUCCCCUCCCCCACCAGAGCCCCAGGUUCAGGGCGGGUCCCUCUGAGGGAGGGGAUUGUGGUGUUCCUUGAAGAAGCACUUUGCUAACUUGGGUUUGAAGGGUGAAUUCUGGUGGGGAACCGGAAGUGCCCCAUCUUGGGGGCAGGAUUGCAGCAGCCCCUAAAGGACCAGUGACCGUUAGUUCUAA